AUGAGUGGGGUAGAAUACUUGUCAAAGCAGCUGCGUCUAUUAAAUGUUUCUGAUUGUCCAAAAUUGAUGACAACAAUAGUGCUACAAUCUUCCUCCAAUCUGAAAGAACUGCACAUAGAAUCAUGUGAUGCAAUGCUGCGUCUAUUCACAUCUUUAACAGCGAAAAUGCUAAUACACCUUGAGGAGUUACAAGUUGAGAGUUGUGAAUCAUUGAAAGAAAUUGUGGGGGAAGAACAGCAGAGUGCGACGGAAGACGAAGUUAUUGAAUUUGAGCAGCUACAGAGGAUUACCCUUCGAUCUUUGGAAAGCCUGGAAUGCUUUUAUUCAGGGAAUGCCACUUUGAAGUUACCCUCUCUCAUUCAACUGGACAUAGUGAAUUGCUCCAAGAUGAAAGUUUUCUCUCAUGGAAAUGUCGACGUUUCUAGAAGCAUUCAAGUUUCUUACAAUGACUCAAGUGAUGAUUUGGUCUUCCACCGUGAUCUUAAUAAUGCCGUAGUAUUGCAGUCUCUAAGUCAGAGACACCUUGAUCUUGGCGAUCACUUGGAACUGAAAGAUUUAUGGCUUAGUAAAGUGCAUAUCUCAGCUGAAUCCUACUCCUCUGGUUUUAAUUUGGAAUGUCUGAUGGUGAAAGGGUGUGAUGAAUUCUUUACAACCGCAAUACUACCUUCUCAUUUACUUCCCUUCCUCAAUCGAUUACAAGAGUUGGUGGUGCGGGGAUGCAAUUCUGUUGAGACCAUAUUUGAAGUCAAAGAUACACCAUCAGAUAUUGUUAUUCCUUUGAAGACAUUGGCUUUGAAGAAACUUCCAAAUCUGAGGCAUGUUUGGAACAAGGAUUCUGAAGAAAAGCUUAGUCUUCCAGACCUGGAGGUUAUUAUUGUUGAUGAAUGUGCGAGUAUAAAAUCGGUGUUUUCAGAAUCAGUUGGCAAGGGUAACAUACAACGGUUAAAAGUGGAGAAUUGUGCAGAGUUAGUUGAAAUUGUUGCUGGAGAUGAUGUAGCCAAACAGAUUAGCAUCUUCUCCACGCUAUCUUGUCUGAAGAUGGUGAAUUUGCCAAAUUUGAAGUGUCCAUUACUAUCGCAGUUGCUACCUUUUCUUCAUAAAUUAGAAGAGUUGAUGGUUGAAAAAUGUGGUUCCUUGAAAACUAUAUUUGAUGUGAAAGAUGCCCCAACAAAUGAACAAGAUACAAACAUGAUUAUUGUUAUUCCUUUGAAGAAAUUGACUUUGGAGAAACUUCCAACUUUGAGCCAUGUUUGGAAAGGAAAGCUCAGUCUUCCAAAAUUGGAGGAGGUUAUUAUUGAUGAAUGUGCAAGCUUAAAAUCCUUGUGUCCAGAAUCAGUUAACAUACAAAGGUUAGAAGUGAAGAAUUGUGAGAAGGUAGUUGAAAUUGUUACAAGAAAUGAACUAGCCAAAGAAGAUGCAGAUAAACAGGUUAAUAUCUUCUCCAAACUAUCUUGUCUGAAGCUGUGGAAUUUGCCAAAUCUGAGCUACAUUUAUCAUGAAAUGGAAGACUCUGAAUUUUCAUUAUCAAAUGCAUUACUACCAUGGCAUAUGCUACCUUCCCUUCAUAGAUUGGAAGAGUUGGUGGUUGGGAAUUGUGAUUCUUUUGAGACAAUAUUUGAUGUGAAAGAUGCUCCAACAAAUAAUGUGAAAGAUACUGCUAUAGAUAUUCCAUUGAAGAAAUUGACUUUGGAGCAUCUGCCAACUCUAAGCCAUAUUUGGAACAAUGAUCCUAAAGGAAGUAGUCUCAGCUUUCUAUGUCUGGAGGAAGUGGUUGUGAAUGGAUGUAAAAGCCUCACAAGCUUGUUGCCAGCAUCAUUGCCCAUGUCUAACAUGAAAAAAAUAGAUGUGAAAAACUGUGAGGAAUUGUUAAGAGAGUUGGAUAUUUCUCAUUGUAAAUUUACAACAGAUUCCACUGCAAAGGUUGUUACCCCUCACUUACAGCGAUUGUCAAUAGACAUGGAAGGUGUGAUGAUGCUUGACAAAGGAGUGCUUCAUUUGGACCCCGAAAACAUAAAAUAUCUGAGAUUGCAGGGCUUUAAUGAUAUUGAUGACUCAGAUGCCACAUCUGCCUUUAAUUUCUUCCCAAAGAAGGUGCCACUUCCCAAUAUUCAGAUGCUUGGGGUGGCCGACAGUGCUUUCAAGGAGAUAUUUCCCUCAAAAAAGCCUGAGAAUAUUCAUUCGCAGCUGCUUGCUCAAGAAUUGGAACUGAGGAAUCUGCACAAGCUUGAAUCUAUUGGGUUAGACCACACCUGGGUAACCUUCUCUAAUCUCACAUGGCUCAAAGUUGAGGGUUGUGCAUCUUUGAAGUAUUUGUUCACUUCUUCAGCCGCCAAAUGUCUUGUUCAACUUGAACAGUUGCACAUAUCCAACUGUGAAGCACUCGAAAGUUUAAUGGUGGAUUAUCAACCACAUGAUGGUGAUCAUGAUGUCAUCAUAUUCCAACAGCUUGAGAAACUGUCUCUUAGCCAGAUACCAAAACUUGAGAGCUUCUACAAAGGAAACUCAACUUUGAAUUUCCCAUCUCUGAAGAAAGUGAAGUUCACUGAAUGCAACAGAUUGGAGUACAUGUUCACAUUCUUAACUGCCAAAAGCUUGGAAAAUUUGCAUAAGAUGAAGAUUUCCAAAUGUGAGUCAUUGGAAACAGUAGUAUUGACAACACAAGAGGAAGACAAACCACAAGAAGAUCUCACAUUCUCAGACCUCGAAUAUCUGACUCUUAGUGAAUUGCCAAAACUUGAAAGUUUUUUCACCGGAAACUCAUCAACUUUGAAUUUCCCAAGGUAUAGGUUUGAAGUUUGCAUCAGUCAAUGCGAGAGCAUGAAAACUUUCUCACACGGUCACGUCGAAGCACCUAUCUUAGGGAAGGUGGAGAUAGAUGGAGUUCGUUGCUCAAACGAGAAUCCUCUAAACACUACAGUUAGUCAACAAUUUGAGAAUCGAUCGAAUAAAGCAGCAUUGAUGAGUUAAUUAGUACAAUCAUAAUUUAACAUGUUCUAUGGGACACCAAAUGCAGGAGGAGAAUAUAAGUAGAUCCCAUCAAAGCAACAAAUAUUCAUUUCUGUUUGAGUGUGGUGUGUUGUGCAUGAUAUAAAUAAAUCCCCUGUAUUAUUAUGCAGGAAGAAGUGUAUGAUUAUUUUUUAACUUUUAACUGACAAAGUUAUAAGCUUAGUGUGUUUUAUGAAUAAAUUAUAUUUUAGAUUUUUAUACAAUAUAUAAAGUGUGUGUGGUUAAGUUAUUGAGAGCAUUAGUGCACUUUCAUGUAUGAAAGUAGAUUGUAAUAAUUUUACAAUAUUGAAGGAGUGUGUGGUUUGUGUUCUAAGAACCGAAUUAAAAAUGGCAUGUAGAUAUAU